AUGAGUGUGGCCGGAGGGGGAAGUGUUGAUGCCCCAGUAGCUGGUGAUGGUAGGGCCCCAGGUGUGGGUGUCCCAGUGGGUGGAGUCCCGGGUGUCGACCUUGCGGUGGAGGCCUUGAGGAUUAUAGGGAACACCUUAAAGAAGAAGACAUGGACUUUUAGCGUGAACCCAUGCGACGUUGCAUCGAAUGUAGGUGGAUGGAUAAACCCUAACCCUGUUGAAGGGUCUGAAGACGCCGUCACUUGCGAUUGCUCUUUCCUUAAUGGAACCGUUUGCCAUGUCACAAGCAUACUUUUGAAGACACAAGACCUUCAAGGGUCUCUUCCGAAGGAGUUUGUAGGGCUUCCUUACCUCCAAGAGAUUAAUCUCGCGAGAAACUAUCUCAACGGUUCAAUACCUCCCGAAUGGGGAGUUUUGCCACUUGUCAACCUCACACUUCUUGGAAACCGUCUAAGUGGUCCAAUUCCCAAAGAGAUCGGAAACAUUAGUACUCUUAGAAGCCUUGCCUUGGAAUACAAUCAGCUAUCCGGGAUAUUACCUCAAGAGCUUGGGAAUCUAUCAAACCUUCAACGACUGUUUCUUAGCUCAAAUAACUUCAGCGGGGAUAUACCAACUACCUUUGGCAAACUGACCAACUUGACCGACUUCCGUAUAAGCGACAAUAGUCUCACAGGAACUAUUCCAGAUUUCAUCGGGAAUUGGACAGAACUUGAGAGUUUGGUUAGCCAUGCAAGUGGUUUAGCAGGACCCAUACCUGUUUCUAUUGCUGGUCUCACAAAUUUGGAGAAGCUGAGAAUCAGCGACUUGCCUGGACCAGGAUCUCCAAUUGCCCCGCUACAAAACAUUUCAAAGAUGAAAACAUUAGAUCUUACCUUUAAUCAACUGAGUGGACCAAUCCCCAGCACAUACACUGAACUUAGAGAUAUAUUUGACGGGGAAUAUGUUAAAUGGGCCAAUCCCAAAUUGGAUGAUUUCUAUGGUCUUCAUAUAAACUGUGGUGGGGAUGAGGUGAUAAUCAAUGGUACUAAGUACAAUGCUGAUACAUAUGAUAGAGCCCCACAUUUUUUCGAAAGCACAAUAAAUGGUUGGGUUUCAAGCAACACAGGAAACUUUAUAGAUGACCAUCGAGUUCCCGGGGGAUCAGGAAAUAUAUGGAAUAAUACAUCUGAGCUCAAGAUGAUAGAUCCUCAACUCUAUGCACAAGCUCGCCUCUCAGCCGUCUCACUCACUUAUUAUGCAAUGUGUAUUGUUAAUGGAGAUUACAAUGUUAAUCUCCAUUUCGCUGAGAUCAUGUUGAAGGAUGGCCAAACUUGUAAAAGUUUGGGUAGACGUAUCUUCGACAUAUACAUCCAGGGAAAGCUCAUGGUGAAGGAUUUCAACAUCGUAGAGGAGGCAGGAGGUGUCGGAAAAGUUGUCAUCAAGACAAUUCCAGUUACGAUUACAGAUGGUAAGUUGGAGAUACGGUUGUCUUGGGCGGGGAAAGGAACUAUAGCUAUUCCCGACAAAGGUGUUUACGGUCCACUCAUAUCGGCUAUAUCCGUGGAUCCAGGUUCAGGUUUAGAUUUUGGGGUUUUGUUCAAGCGUAACAUUGAUACUUGA